AUGCUUCAGAAUGCAAACUCAGUUAAAAGGAUAAUGAAAGAGCUGCGAGACAUUGAGGACUCGGAGAAAAACAAGCCGGAAAGCGCUGCAGAACAGGUGAUACGAAUAAGCCCGAUCGACGAGACAGAUAUGUACACGUGGAGAGGGAAAAUAAAGCCCCCAAAGGGAAGCAACUAUUACGGAGGCAUUUUCUAUCUGGACAUUAAGUUCCCAACAGACUAUCCGUUCAAGCCACCAAAGGUCAGGUUUAUUACACGGAUAUUCCAUCCGAACAUAAACACGAACGGAACCAUAUGUCUGGACAUUCUAAAUGAAAAGUGGUCGCCUGCUCUGACUAUUUCAAAGGUCAUGAUGUCGAUUUGCAGCUGGCUGGACGAGCCAAACCCUGAUGAUCCGCUUGUUCCAAACAUUGCAUCUAUUUGCAAAACAGAGCCCGAAAAGUACAAGGAAACCUGCAAGGAGUGGACGCUAAAAUAUGCGGUCGAUACAAGCAAUGACAUAGACGCAUGGAAGUAA